CUAGUCUCGCUUAUAUCGCCUCGCCAUCAAAAUCAGCAGCUUUAAUGCAAUAGAUCUUAUCGGAGACUGUAACAUGGGCGCAAUAUCACGCAGCGUGCAUGUUUUCGUUGGUGCCCGAUAAACGUUGAUAAAAUGAGAGAUGUAUUGCAUUUUUAUUCAAGAUAUACCGCGAAAUGUUAAUCACAUUUACUCGACGACGAUCUCUCACUAAUGACUCGUCAAACGACAAAAUUAAAAUUCAUGCGCACUUAUAAUCGUGAAAGAUUAAUUCCUGGGCAAAAACCGCUUUACAUGUUAAUAUAAUCGCUAAUCAAUUUUGCAUAUAUAAUUCUAUGCAGAACAUCUUGUACGUUAUAACUCGAAUAUAUAUUCUAAGAAUACAGAAUUGCGUUUCUGCAAUUCUAUAUUGUUAUUAUCAGCAUUAGAUGAUGACUUUGCUGAUAAUAAAAUGAACCUUGGACCUUAUAAAUAUCACGUGACUUAAGUAUCUCUCGUAAACAUAUUGCAUAUACUCUUGCCAGUUGCAAUUGCGUCUUCGUGAGACCUACGCGUUUACAAAACUUAUAUACCAGUGUCACAAAAUAUUGAGGCAGAGCACAGCACAAAAUAAUACCGCAACAAUGGCUAUAAAUGCUGCAAAAGUUGUACUUAAACAGGGAAAGAGUGCGCUCUUUAUAUGCGAUGUACAGGAAGGCUUCAGGAAAGCUAUUUUCCAAUUCGACAAGAUGGCUCAAAACUCAUCAAGACUGAUCAACGCCUUGAAACUCCUGAACGUGCCUAUGCUGAGCACUGAACAAAACCCGAAGGCUUUAGGAAAAAUAGUUUCGGAACUUGAUAUUUCUGCAGCUAAAGGCCCCUUUGCUAAGACCCAAUUCAGCAUGUGUACUCCUGAAGUUCGCAAGGAACUUGCAACACUUUGUCACGGAGAGAGACCGGAGUCCAUCAUACUCAUAGGCCUCGAAACACACAUCUGCGUGGAAAACACUGCUAUCGAUCUAAGACAAAAUGGCUAUGAGGUUCACACUGUGGCAGACUGUUGCUCCUCUCGUACUCAAGAAGACAGAUUAUUGGCUCUGGAGAGAAUGCGAGACAUGGGAUGUCACAUAACUACCACCGAAAAUGUUCUAUACAAAAUAAUGCGCGACUCAAAUCACGAGCAAUUCAAAAAAGUGCUGACUUUCGUUAAAACACCAUCCGCAUACACAGGAUUGGUUCCUGUCUCAAAAAUAUAGUUCCAUAUUUUUUGAAACGUACAAUUUUUUCCAGAAGCAAAGAUUGCUGCAUAUAUCUCACUUGGCAUUUGGUAUAACUUGUUAAAGAUAUAUACUUUGAUACAUCAUGUUAUUAAGCUGUUACAGUUUUGAGAAAUAAAACAUAAAAUUAC